GUUCUCGUUUUAAUAAAUAUUGUCCAUUACUAUACCGUAAGUACUAAGUAAACUGAUCGAAUUUCGGCGGUUACUUCACCACGCGGGGGCGUGACCUUAUGCGUUGUGAUUGGAAUCCAUCCAUAAUUGCAUUGCCAUUGUUUGGACCCCCAAUUCCCUCUCACUCAGUCUCAGAAUGGCGGCUUUUAUGAGUUUUCCUGUCACUCGGACCCACGCGAAAUUUUCUCGAUUUAACUUUCCUGUAGACCACAAUGCUCUCCACCUUGGCAUAUCUAAGAGUGCAUCUAGUAGAUUUCUAGGAGAUAAACUUGACAAUUAUGGCUAUGCAAUUGUGUCUCUGGUUACUGAACAUGAAAGCUCAACUGCAGAGGACAGGGAGCUGUUUGUUUGUUUACAGAUUUUAGAUGAUGCGGUGGUGAAGAAAUCCAUCUCACUUUCUCAAGUGUCAGAAUGUCCAGAUACUGUUACUGUCUAUGCAACUGAAAUGUUUCAUAAACACUACAAAAUAUUAGAUCAUGAAGACGUCUACAUCAGACCCGUCAAAUCGUUUCCUCUCGCAAAGGCUGUAUUUGGAGCAAGGACAAGCAGAUGCUACGAAUGGUCAAAGAAGAGGCUUUUUAGUACAGGACUCCUUGUGUCGGCAUGUCAACAAAAAGUCUUAGUGCGGGCAAACGAUAGAUUUCUUGCACCUGUUAUCCCAGUGUUUAGUGGGGAUGAGACGUACAGCCUAGCGAACUACAUGGAUUUGAUUGCCUUGGAAUGCGAGCCUGUUACGCAAGGGAUAAUUUCAGUCAACACCUCAAUUGUGAUCACAGAUAUUUCUAGUAGUAUUGGCUUCCCAGAUGAGACACAUAUCAGCCCUAGACCAAACAGAAUUGACAGAAAAGAUGGAUCUGAAGACGGAAUGGAAUCACCUUGUUUUGAGCUCCCGGAACCUCGCAUCAUGUCUGAUUUUGCCCAAGGACUGCUUGAGAUUGAAGACCACCAUACAGUACAAAAUCAGCACUCUGAUUCUGGUACAGCUGAUGACAUGUCUCUUUCAUCUGGAACUACGAUUAACAUGAAUGGUGAACAUCGUACUGCCUCCAGUCUUCUGUUGAGACCAGUGUUGAUGCCAACAUCUUCUGCACAUCGGAAUACCUUUGGAAAAGGGAACAGAUCCAUUUCUAGUUCAUUCAUUGGUGACCAAUGUGAAUUAGCUUAUAAGCUUGGUGUGACAAAAGAUACACUCGACAAACUUCAUGCGUACAAUGGUAGUUGGGUCACAGUAACAUUGGCAGAACAUCCAUCAGAGACGGAAGAUGAAACUGUGAGAGCAGACCUAAUCAAUACGGACGUUGAACUUGACGAAGCUGCCGUCUCAAUACUCGUCCCAAGACCUGGUAAUCUGGACCACAUUCAAAUAUCCACCCCUAAAAAUUUGCCUGUGAAAUCAGUCUCGUCAAAGCCACCAAUGUCUGACCAAACAGCCUCUGAUUCACAGAAUGAUGUCAUUGAUUCCAAGGAGGACAAAAGAAAUGAACAAAAGGAUGAAAAGACAUUGGAUCAACCUCUGCUUCCAUCUCAAGAAGGUCAACAAAAGCGAGCCCAUCUCGCUCAAAUCUUUGUUGUCAACCCCAAACUCUUCCCAAAUGGUGAUAAGAGGGGUAGGAGAAGUGGAGCCCAUGUUCCUUUUAACUCAAAUGAAGUUGAAUUUAUUGUGGAAAACGAUUCAGUGGCGAUAUCCCCACAGCUUUGGUUCAACAUCCAAGAUCACCCUUCUCAACUCAUACAACCAGAUACCAUGGUGUCUGUAAAGCUUGCCACAGAUGAACUAGAAGAAUACUCUAGUAUUCUAGCCACAUCACAGAGUAUCACAACAAGCUGCAAACCUCCUAUUGCCACUGCUGUUCAUCUCUCCCUCAUCAAGUCACCACACUAUCCAAUGACAAGCCAGUUUGAUGAUGCAAUAAAGAAGUACUUCUCUGUCACAAGGCUGCUAUCCAAAGGGGAUGUGAUCAGCUUCAGCACAAGAGCAUUCCCAGAAUUCACCCAAGAAGCUGGAGAAGGGGGAGGUCAACGUCUGCCCAACAUUAACUUCCUGGUCAACAAGAUAGUUUCACCAGUGGAAAGAGCUUCAUCCUACCUUGUCAAUGUCUUGCACACAACAGUCUAUCAGGAAGGACCAAAGCCAAGCUUUAUUCCAGUGACAUCAGACGUCUAUCUUAGCAACAAGUUAGAUCCACUGUGGGCAUCACCGGUCCCCACAGGGAUCAGUAAAUAUCCAUUUCAAUUGGAGCAACUCAUUCUUCCGUUUCUUUUUGGCAGGGUCCAGUGUGAAAGACUACCCUCAUCCAUUCUCUUGACCGGUCCUGCUGGGAGUGGUAAAGCUACCGCUGUGAAAGCCGUUUGCCGUCAGCUCAACAUGCACUGCAUCAAUGUCAACUGCUAUGAUCUUCUCGCUGAUACCUCUGCAGCUACUGAGGCUAAAGUCAGGAAUACAUUCUUUAAAGCUGGUAUGAGUGUCCCCUGCAUCAUUCUACUUAGGAACAUACAUGCUAUAGGCAGAGACCGAGAAGGGUCCGGAGAUGACCUGAGAGUAGCAGCAUACCUGAAAGAGACUAUUAACAAUCUCCAUUCAACAUAUCCUGAUUGGCCAAUGAUAGUCGUGGCAACAGCACCUUCGGCAAAGCGUGUGACAGCGGACAUCCAGAGCUGCUUCCUACACCAUUUGGGAAUGGAGGUUCCCAAUGAGCAGGAGAGGUGUGACAUAUUGCAAGCCCUUUGUGAGAAGGUGUCUUUGGCAGCUGAUGUUGAGAUACCCCACAUUGCUAAAAGAACAGCCGGUAUGGUCCUUGGUGAUCUUGCUGCUCUUCAUGCACACACCAUCAGAGCGGCACUGUCCAGGAUUGUGGCUGCCUGCUCUGUAGGUAGCAAGCUCUCCAUCCAGGAAGAGAAGGACAUCUGUGCUGCUGGGGUACAGAUCCAUCAGAGUGACUUUGAGGUGGCCCUCAGCAAGCUCCAGUCUGCGCAUGCUGACAGCAUUGGUGCUCCUAAGAUUCCUAAUGUGAGCUGGGAGGAUGUUGGUGGUCUGUCCGAUGUGAAGGCUGAGAUCCUGGACACCAUACAGUUACCUCUACAGCACCCUGAAUUGUUUGCUGCAGGACUCAGAAGAUCAGGUGUCUUGUUGUAUGGGCCACCUGGAACAGGAAAGACGCUUCUAGCCAAAGCUGUUGCUACAGAAUGUUCUCUCAAUUUCUUAAGUGUGAAAGGACCUGAACUGAUCAAUAUGUAUGUAGGGCAGAGUGAAGAGAACGUCAGAGAAGUGUUUAUCCGAGCACGGAGUGCAUCACCUUGUGUGAUAUUCUUUGAUGAGUUAGACUCCCUUGCACCCAACAGGGGACGUAGUGGAGAUUCCGGAGGAGUUAUGGAUAGGGUGGUUUCUCAAUUACUUGCGGAGUUGGAUGGACUCCACAAGUCUGCGGACGUCUUUGUGAUUGGCGCCACCAACCGACCCGACCUCCUAGAUCCAGCCCUUCUAAGACCUGGAAGGUUUGAUAAACUUCUUUACCUAGGAGUAAGUGAAGAUAGAUCAUCACAGUCAAGAAUUCUUCAUGCCCUGACAAGAAAAUUUAAUCUGAGUCCGUCACUGGAUCUUGAUGUGAUUGCCGAGCAAUGCCCUUUGACCCUGACUGGAGCUGACUUCUAUGCACUGUGUUCUGAUGCCAUGCUUGGGGCUAUCAAGAGAAAGAUAGCAAGUCUAGAAGCAGGUGAAACAACUGACCAAAGCAGCAUAGUGGUCGAGGAGAACGACUUCUUGCAAGCUCUUGAUAGAUUAGUUCCAUCUAUCUCAGAGCUUGAACUCAAUCAUUACAAACAGAUCCAAAACAGAAUAAGCAGGGGCUUAUAAGUCUAUAUGACAGAUCUUUCCAAAUUUUUUCAAAAGGUGGUGUAAAUCACUCGGUAAGAAGACCUUGUCUAUUUGGGAUAAGACUAAAUACUUGCAAUGUGCGUUGGUUCGAGUCCCACUCAUGGCGAAAGACGUCUUACAAAACAGGGGAGCGUUUCAUCAAUAUUUUCAUCCGACAAGUUGUCAGAUCUUACAUCUUUCCUUGAUUCUGAUUGGCUGAGAGGCACUGUUCCUAUGGUAACUGUCGGAUAAACUGGUACUUGUCGGAUAAAAUGUCCGACAAGUCCUUUCAUGAAACGCCCCCCAGAUGUGCUUGCUGUAUUCAGUGCAGGUGUGAAUUCAGUUGGAAGACACUCCGUCCAUUGGAAUGGAUGCUGCUGUUGGUCCUGUGUGUAGGAGGGUCACAACCUAUCCAUGUUAAAACCAUUACACUGUGCAUAACAGAGGAGGGUGUUCACUCGGUGUAUUGCACCUGCUGGACCCUGCAAUACUACAAGAAACUUCAGAAUUGCAGGAGGCAGCAUAGCUCAAAGAAGAAGAAUAAGGAGGAGGAGAAGAAGAAGGAAGCGGUGGUAGAAACAGAAUGAAAAAUGAUAAAAUUUUAGAAAGGAGCAGAAAAGGAAUUUAAAGAAGGAGGAGGAGGAGGAGGAGGAGGAGGAGGAGGAGGAGGAGGAGGGAGGAAGAGAGAGAGAGAGAGAGAGAGAGAGAGAGAGAGAGAGAGAGAGAGAGAGAGAGAGGGGGGGGGAGGGGGGGGGGAGGAGGAGGAGGAGGAGGAGGAGGAAGAAGAAGAAGAAGAGAAAAGGGAGGACAAGUAAGAGGAGGAGGCUUGCAACUAUGUUUCCUCCACGUCAGAACUAAAUUUCACCUAUAAAUGUGCUCCAAUGGAUGCCAGUGAGUGUUAAAGAUCUCAGAUUUUGAUGGAUCUGGGUUGAUCCGUCAAUCAUGAAGUACAAAAAUAUUACAGUCAAACAAAAACUGACCAGGUGUAAGAAAUUGAAGUGCAAUUAGUCUGAUAUUCUAUUACAGGGGUUCUCAAACUACGGCCCGCGGGCCGAAUCCGGCCCGCGAGACUCUGCUGGGUUUUUUUUUAAUCACUUUUAAGUCAAAAUAUGAAACAUAGCUAAAUAUGAUUACAUUGUGUAUCCAAUCAUGAAACCGUAAUAAAAGUGAUGGCAGUCAAAUUGAUUUGACUUUUAAACAAAGCUUAGUGGAGUCUUUUCUGUCUGUUCUACUUUUUUAUUAGAUGACCAGCGCGGCGCUACAUUGAAAAAAAGGUAGCUUCAUGUCAAACGUUGAUAACACGUUGCAUUUAAAAACACGUGUGCACACAUUCCAACACGCGAUCAAUUUGGUUAAAACGUGUUGGUUCAGUUCUGCAGAUUUUCUCAGGGGUACAUUAGUCAUCAUUAAUUGUUAGCCAGGUCAAGAUGGCAUCAAAUUCUGCAAUGAAAAGAAAGGUGGAUGCUGAAAAUUGUGUUUUCCGUGAAGAAUGGACAGACAAGUAUGCAUUCAUUUUGCAAUCGAGCACAUUGCCAAUGUGUUAGCCAAUCUACUUUGACUACAAAAAAAUAUUGAUAGGCCUACUACAAAACAUUAUCUGUCCCUUCAGUUCCACGUAUGUGUUAAAAUUGACAUAGGUACAAUCUACAUUCCUUUUAACAAAGUACAACAAUUUUGUUGUCAUUACUAUUGACUCUCGCUGUAUUUUGAAAUCUUUUCUAAUUUUGCCUGUGUUCCAUAUGAAACUGUUAUAUUAAUUUGUUGGAUUAAAUUCCCCCCAAAUAAGGGCCAGAUUGCACCAGAGAGCAUCUAGGUCCCCAGCCGCAAGAGACUUCGCGCACAUUUUUUUUCUUCUAAGUAUCCACUUUACCCUGGCCCUUUCAGGUUUAUUUCGAGUCUCAUCUGGCCCUUCAAAGAAGAAGUUUGAGAACCCCUGUUCUAUUAUGUAUUUAGCAAUUUAUAUAUCAUAAAUGAUUAAGGGAAUACAUCUUUUUCCUUGAUUUAUUUUUAAAAUAAAACUGAAUAAAUAAAUAGUUUUGUUAGUAUUCCAUUAUUAAAGGGAUGCCCUGAAUCAUCUCUUCAGUUUUAGCCAAUGUAACGUGGUUACUUACAUGGAUUAUAUUAUUGGUCGCAUAUUUUUACAGUUGUAUUCUCUUUCUCACUACUCGCUCAGUAGAAUUUCAUGUACAUUACACAUGAUAGGUUGUUUACAUAAUAUACUUUACUUUGGAUGAAUGUAUCAAGUUCAAAUGUCUCCUGGAGAACAUUUCAUCAACAUUUUUUCCUAUAAAUUGUCUGAUCCGACAUCUCUCCUUGAUUUUGAUAGGUGGAGAAAUACAGUUUCUAUGGUAAAUGUUGGAUAAAACAGGACUUGUUGGAUGAAACAAGUCCUUUCAUGAAAAGCUCCCCCAUGUAUCCCUUAUGGGGCCCGUUACACCAAGUUUAGUGAAGGAUAUAUUUUUUUUCCAGCAAUUUUUCGUUAUCUAUAUCUCUUGUCAGGUGGUAUGCUUCAUGCAUAUAGCUGACAUGUGAAUGUAAUGGGGUUUUUUUUCUUUUCAAUACUGAAUAUGAGUGCUUUGGGAAAAUGGCCUCUUGGUGUCCAUUGUUGUUGGUAAUAUUCUUAAAGAUUUUUUAAAUUUUUAAUUCAUGUUUAUGUCAGUUUGUAACUGAGAUGCGAUGAUUUCAUUCAAAUCUAUCUUCUUUGAAGAAUUGCCCAAUAAGGUUCUCCAUAUUUUUUAGCUUAAUGUCAACAAUCAGAGAUUUGAAAUAUAGGUAAUAAAAGGUAUGUAAACCCCUAAAAAAGAUACCCCUAAAAAAUAUAUAUAUAUUUUUUUGAGAUGGUAAUUAAUUUCUUAUUCUGGCAUCAUCUUCAUUGUAAAGGAAAAUGGUAUAAUUGGAAACCUUGAUUAUUCCUUUUUACCAUGAUGUGUCAUUUUUAAAUAGUAAUUUAAUCAUGGAUUCUUGAUAAAUUUGCAUCGAUGUCAAAAUUCAAUGUUGCUAACUCUGUUGGUGUCAGUAGUGAUUUCAAUUGCAGUGGUUUCAAUGUUUUUCAACAUUUAAUAUUUAUAAAAGAUUUCACUUCAAACCAAAUUGAAUCACCAUGGCAACAUUAAAAACACAUUCUUUUAGUUAUGUACUGUUUAUCAAAUCUUUUAAAUUACAGUGUUCAUGAAUAGAUAGUCCUAGUACAGGAGGCAAAAUGAUACAUGUAUUCUAUGUGCUUAUGCAUUAAAGGAAGACCAUGCAACAGAUAAGCUUUCCAAUAUGAUCUUUGACUUGGUCAUUUGUUCUUUCAUGAAAUUGGAAUGCAGAAGCUUGCUAUGUUGGGCAAUAUAUGUAACAUAUUCUUUUCAAAGGUGUAAGUGUCACCUAUUGAGAUGCACUUGAAGUCAUUUAUUGAAAUUUUGAGACCCAUAAUCAAAAUACCGGAACCCAAUAUUGGGCUUUGUUAAUGAAUUAUCUUUACAUUGUCAUUACAAUGACAAUUUUAGAAGAUCAAUUAAUGGUUAUAUGACACAUGUAUAUCUAUUUGAUUAUUGCAAUAAAUAUAUACCAGAUGUACUGUACAUGUACAUAUAUGUUAUUCCUGUUAAGACCCAUUUGUUUAUCAUGAGCAUAAUUGAAAGAGAGAUCUGUGGUUCAUAUUGUAUUUCUGGGAAUUGUGUGUGCAUAAGAUAGUUUUUGUAUGUAAUUCAUGUGUUCACUAAAACCAUUAAAAUAUUUAAAGUAUUGAAA